AUGACAGACGUUAAACAACAACAAACAGCCAAGAAAAACUUAUGGCUUCCAUUAGAAUCCAAUCCUGAUGUUAUGAAUGAGUAUAUUCAUAAGUUGGGAGCUUCUAAUUCAUGGGCUUAUACUGAUGUUUGGGCCUCUAACACUGACACAAUUGAAAUUGGUGAUGGACCACUUAAACGAUUAUUAGAUAAAAGUAAAGAUUUAACACCAGAUGAGCGAGCUAAAGUUUUAGAAGAAAAUGAAGAAUUAGCAAAAAUUCAUCAAAGUCAAGCAUUAUCUGGUCAGACUCGAGUGCCAGGUGAGCAUGAGGAUGUAAAUUUACAUUUUACGUGUUUUAUUGAAAAAAAUGGAACACUUUAUGAGUUGGAUGGAAGAAAACCAUUUCCCAUCAGUCAUGGACCAUCUACUGAUUUAUUACAGGAUGCUACCAAAGUGAUUAAAAAAGAAUUUAUGGAACGAGAAGUUGGAAAUUUGCAAUUUACAGUUAUAGCACUUGCUCCAAAUCAAAAUCCCUCGUAA